AAGACGAUGAGGACAACAGACAAGGUUACUUCUUUUGCUUUCACACCUUUUCAUUAAGCCACAAGAGUUGUAAGUUCAACAAUCCAUAAUACUAUAUAAGAUACCAACGAUGCUUCAUUGCCUACCAAUAAAGUAGAAAAUCAUCUUUAGUGAAUAAAAAAACCAGUCAAAAUAAUUUCAAAAGAAGGUUGGCAAAGUUUCCAUGGGUUCUAAUUAAUGAGGGUUUUCAUCAAUCAUGUCAAAUAUCACUGCUCUUUCAUCCAUUCAACUAUGUUCCGAAAAUUCAAGCUUGAAAUGAUAUAUAUAUGGUGAGCCGAACAAAGGGUUUGUGCCGUGUCCCUACUAACCGGACUACAGCUGCAAGAAGAAAGAUGCAUAGGCCACCAUCCCCACCACUCCUAGAGCUGUCUUCUGUGAGCCCUGUGGCUGAUCUACCUGUUUGUGUAUAGAUUAGAGAACAAAAAUCAGAGUGAGUUCUGCGAUCUGUUUGUAUUAGAUAAUAUGCGUUAUGGAUAUAAACUGUCAAGCAUCUGUAGAAUCGACCAGUACCAGUAGCAGUGGCACAGGAAGAGACAAUAAUAGUCUCAAUCUCAGGAAAUUAUCCCAUAAGAUCUCUAAGGCUGCUUCACAAUCCCAGCUGAGAAAGCCAUGCUUUGAAUUUGAUGCUCCUCCGAAUCAAAAUCAUCCCCAAAAUCGACUUCAAUCCGCAACCCCUUCAGUUCAACCGCAGCAGCAACAGAAUAUUCAGGCGCAGCCGCAACAGCAACACCAACCCCCGGUGUAUAACAUUAACAAGAAUGACUUCCGAGAUGUGGUUCAGAAGCUUACAGGCUCACCGGCUCACGAGCGGUUCUCAAAUCCUCCGCCUGUUCAACCUCCUAAAUCCCAAAGCUCUCGCCUCCAACGAAUCCGCCCUCCUCCUCUCGCUCAUGUUACCAAUCGUCCCCCACAACAGUUACCAAACAGUUUCCAUCCCCUGAAUUCCGGCCUCACCGGACGCCCGAUGGCGCCUCUAUCGCCGUUGCCACCACUCCCAGCUGUCCACGCACCGGCCGAAUCCCCUGUCUCCGCCUACAUGCGAUACAUCCAAAAUUCAAUUCCCACAGCCGAUUCAAAUAUACUGCCGCCUAACCAAGGAUUCUCACCACUUGGCCCUCUAGCUUCUUCGUGUUGGAACAAUUUCACCGCACAACAGCAGCAAGGUUUGAUGCCUCUCCCGCCGUCGUCUGCCAUGCUACAGGCACAUCCUCAGUUCCAGGUGACGCCAUCAUCACCAUUGGGAUUCGGAUGCUUGAACUCCCCAAUGUCGUCGUCGCACGGUGUGUUGUUGUCUUCCCCAAAUUUGGUUUUUCCGGCGACUACAGGUCAAUUAGGGUUUCCACAGUUGCCGGUCUCGCCAACUGUGCCAGCGUCAAGCCCUAGAUGGAUCGGCGACUAGUCCAGUCCUCUUCGGGCGGUGUAUUCAAGAAACGUCGUCGUUUUAAGUAUCAGCGCCUCGGAAAAGAAAGAAAGAGGAAAAAAUGUUGUUCUCAUCUACUUUAGAAUCUAAGCUGUGUUUUAAAUUUGAAAUGCAAUGCUUAAUUCGUAAGUAUUUCUAUUUAGGCAUAUUA